GGGGCGGAAGCAGAGAGUCACCGCUCCGUUAGGGCCGCCAUCUUGUCUGCGUCCGGACCUGCUGCCGCUCUCGGGGCCUGCUCGUUCUCUUCGUCGCGUGAAGCGGUGGAGAAAGUGAGGACGCGGCGCACGGCCGGGUGGUGCUGAUGCGUGCGGGGUCUUCUCGCUCCUCCCUCGGGCGCCGCUAGUAGAAGGGGGCGGAGGUAGCCGGGCGGUCUCCGGUGCGGCCUUUCCUCUCCUCGGCCGGGAUGGGUCGGUCCCGCAGCCGGAGCUCGUCCCGCUCCAAGCACACCAAGAGCUCAAAGCACAACAAGAAGAAUCGGAGCCGCUCGCGGUCCCGCUCUCGGGAGAAAGAGCGGGCGCGGAAGCGGUCCAAGUCCCGGGAGAGCAAACGCAACCGGCGCCGCGAGUCCCGCUCCCGCUCCCGCUCCAACACGGCCCCCUCCUCCCGCCGCGAUCGGGAACGCGAACGCGAGCGCGCCUCGUCCCCGCCGGACCGCAUCGACAUCUUCGGGCGCACGGUGAGCAAGCGCAGCAGCCUGGACGAGAAGCAGAAGCGGGAGGAGGAGGAGAAAAAAGCAGAGUUCGAGCGGCAGCGGAAAAUCCGUCAACAAGAAAUCGAAGAGAAACUCAUAGAGGAAGAAACUGCUCGAAGAGUGGAAGAGCUUGUGGCUAAAAGAGUGGAAGAAGAGUUGGAGAAAAGGAAGGAUGAGAUUGAGCGAGAGGUUCUCCGCAGGGUGGAGGAGGCUAAGCGCAUCAUGGAAAAACAGUUGCUCGAAGAACUCGAGCGACAGCGACAAGCUGAACUUGCAGCACAAAAAGCCAGAGAGGAAGAAGAGCGUGCAAAGCGUGAGGAACUAGAGCGAAUACUAGAAGAGAAUAAUCGAAAAAUUGCAGAAGCACAAGCUAAACUGGCUGAAGAACAAUUGAAAAUUGUUGAAGAACAAAGAAAGAUUCAUGAGGAGAGGAUGAAACUAGAACAAGAGAGGCAACGUCAGCAAAAGGAAGAGCAAAAAAUUAUCUUGGGCAAAGGAAAGUCUAGGCCAAAACUGUCCUUCUCACUAAAGAGCCAAGAUUAAAAUGCAACUCUGAACUCUUGCAAGAAGGAAAAAAACAUUAAAAAAAACAAAAACAACAAAACAAAAAACCCCACCACCAACAAAAAACUUUGUAUGGUAGCUUCAUGUUGAAGUGUUUGUUUUUUUUUCUCAAUUUUUUUUUUGUCUUUUUAUUUUAUUUUUUUUGAAAAUCUGGAAAGUUAGCUUGUUCUAAUAGGGGCUGUGCUCUGCAAUUCUUAAUUUUUUUUUAACUCCAUUAAGUUAAACCCUUAUCAGAUCAUUGUUGCCUUUUAGAGAAUAAUCAGUUCUCAUACAUUUGUUUCUGUAUUAGUGGUCUGAAGCACAUCAGGACACUAUGAAUUGUGGAUGAUCUGAUAAGGUUUUACGGACCUACUCAUCAGAGUUUGACUCUGAUAAUUGACAGAACUUUAUACUGGGUAUUGCUGACUCUUAAUUAUUUUUUUUUAAAAGUCAGUGAAUACAUGAGUAAAUUGCCAUGGUAUUACUGGACCUCUGUGGCUUAUUGUUAAAUCAGUGUCCUAUGAUACUGUCCCAUUGUUGCGCUUGAUGUUCCUGAUACAGGUAAGGAAAUAGUUUGUCAUUUCUGCUAUGAAUACAUAGGGAGAGUUCAGUAUUGUCUCUGUUAGAUUUGUUUUUAUUACAUUGACAGCAUUCAACCAGCGUUCCCCAUUGUGUAAAUAAACCAAUUUGCUGAAUAAAGUGAAAGUCUUAAAUUCA